AUGGACACGCAUCAUAUCACGGAAAUGGAGAUUUUGCCGAAGCAAGACCUGGAAGCCAAUCAAAGACAUGAUAUAUCACCACCAGCAUACUCUCUAAAUGAUCCUUGGCUGGGAAAGGAUCCUUGGUCGGGACUCAUUGUGCAACAGCGGAAUCGAACUGGAUGGCCAGUAGGAAAUAUCACCUUGGACUGGCCGUAUGCAUUAUCCCGAAGACGCUCCACAUACUGGUUCAGAGAUGCUCAGGGUCAAUGGCACCCUACGAACGCAGGUUUAGAAGCGAUACGGAAUGGUGAAAGAGUAAAACAAUUCCACGCAGAUCUGCACCAGGGUUCCACAUGUGAUGUGCUGUUAGAGGAGUUCAUUGGACCUGUCGUGAGAGGGGAUGAGUGUCGGUUACAUAAGGGUUUGCGGUGCUUCUGCGAAGCCUACGGUUGUGCUACGAAAGGUGGACUGAAAACAAUCGAUUUCAGAGGUGUCAUUCUGGCGAACCUUGACCAAGCCGCAAGUCAAGAACUCGAAUGCAGUGUACACUUCACGGGCUCAUGUUGGUGUUAUACGUUUGAGGAAGACGGAGUUCUGUGGGUGGUUGAUAGCAAGAGAUCACGGAUACGAAAGUUUGGCAUGGUGGGUCCUUGGGUUGAUAUCGUCUAA